GUGCCCCAGGUUGAGAAGAUAAAUUUUCGGGCAGGCGUAUUUGCUCUUCGCUUUCUUGCACCAACCCACCAGUAUUGAAACCGACCGAAAAUGCCCGUCUGCGGACCGAAACUUUCCCUGUGCGGGUUGAUUAUCUCCGUCUGGGGCAUAAUCCAGCUGUUGCUGAUGGGAGUGUUCUACUACAUCAAUAGUGUGGCUCUGAUUGAAGAUCUGCCGCUGGAGGAGCACUACAAAACACCCCAGGAAUUUUACGCCGCCGCUGACGUCGCGUACAGUCAGAAUGCUUACAACUGCUGGAUUGCUGCCUGUAUCUACGUCCUGACGCUGGUUAUCUCCGUCCAGCAGUUCCACGCGAACAGUCGCUCAACGGUGGCUUAAUUCUGCCGGAGAACACCAUCACAAGAUCCAAGAGCGAUGUAGCAAAGAGCAUUGUUGCAUGUGUAAACGAAAGCUCUUCCUAUCCCUGCGAUGUAAAUAUGUGUUUGCCCCUAAAAACAAUUUGUUUCCCUUCCGAGCACUCUCCGCACAACAUUCCACCAUCGUUGGAGCAGAACGUUAUCAUCGAUGAUCACCACGUUCGAUCCCAAACUUGUUUGUUUUAUAUCCUGUUAACCCUGGUGUUUAGAGUGAACGUAAAAAAGGAAUUUAACUUCCCUGCAGUAAGGCAAACCAUCGCCAAGAACCAAACGUGAACAGCUGGUCAACAUGUACACCUAUUAACGCUUCAACGAUCUGGUUCGCCGGGAAAUGGCAUCGGUUUUUCUUCUAUCUAUGCAAACGUACACUUGUUAGGAGUGAUAUGUAUAAUGAGCCGAUAAAUAAAUUCGUAAAGUUCAAA